UCGCUCUUCUUGCAUUGGCUUCAGACUUGAUAUCUUCUUUGAUUCUCCUUUCCCUUACUCGACCUGCUUCAUUUCUCCUUCUGGAAGGAUAAUGAGGCCGCGGUAGUCGUUUACACCGCCUGCGAAACUACUCCCAAUCCUAACCCUUUUAUUAUACACACCUGCUCCAGUCUGGCCCGCCCGCCCUUAUUCUCGACUCCCCCCCAUACUACCCUCCUACCUCCUUCGACCAGGGCUCCCUCCUUUCUACUCCCGUCGGAUUGCUGUUGAUUGCGUGUGCCUCUGCUGCGGCAAUUCUUGCAGCCGGUCAUCAUGAGUUACAUGAAGAAGGAUGAGGAUGCCGACCAGACUAUGAUCAAGCUGGAUCGGACCUCCGUAUUUCAAGAUGCUCGAUUGUUCAAUACCUCGCCGAUUUCCCCCCGACAAUGCCGUACCCUGUUGACCAAGAUCGCGGUCCUCCUUUUCACCGGCGAGCGGUUCCCCACAAAUGAGGCCACGACGCUCUUCUUCGGCAUCUCCAAGCUGUUCCAGAACAAGGAUCCCUCGCUGAGACAGAUGGUCUACCUGAUCCUGAAGGACCUCGCCGGGACCGCCGAGGAUGUGAUCAUGUCGACCAGUAUCAUCAUGAAGGAUACCGCUGUCGGGAGUGACGUCCUCUACCGAGCCAACGCCAUCCGUGCCCUGUGCCGUAUUAUCGAUGGAACGACGGUGCAAGCGAUCGAACGACUGAUCAAAACCGCCAUCGUGGACAAGACCCCCUCGGUUUCUUCCGCCGCCCUGGUCUCCUCCUACCAUCUCCUCCCCGUUGCGCGCGAUGUGGUCCGUCGGUGGCAGAGCGAGACCCAGGAGGCCGCCUCGUCCUCGAAGCAGUCGACCGGCUUCCUGGGCUUCGGUGGCAGCGCCCAGCCCCAUGCCAUCUCCCAGUCGAAUUUCAUGACCCAGUACCACGCGAUCGGUCUCCUGUACCAGAUGCGCGCCCACGAUCGCAUGGCCUUGGUGAAGAUGGUGCAGCAGUACGGCGCCGCCGGCGUCGUCAAGAGUCCCGCGGCGCUGGUGCUCCUGGUGCGGUUAGCGGCCAAGCUGGCCGAGGAAGACCAGGGUCUGAGGAAACCGAUGAUGCAGAUGCUUGAUGGCUGGCUCCGACACAAGCAUGAGAUGGUCAACUUCGAGGCCGCCAAGGCGAUUUGCGACAUGCGGGACGUCUCCGACGCCGAGGCCUCGCAGGCCGUCCACGUCCUGCAGCUGUUCCUGUCCUCCCCGCGGGCCAUCACCAAGUUUGCCGCCAUUCGCAUCCUCCACAACUUCGCCUCUUUCAAGCCGCAUGUCGUCAACGUGUGCAACCCCGACAUUGAGUCCCUGAUCUCCAACUCGAACCGGUCGAUCGCCACCUUCGCCAUCACCACCCUGCUCAAGACGGGCAACGAGGCCAGCGUCGACCGCCUGAUGAAGCAGAUCUCGGGCUUCAUGGCCGACAUCACCGAUGAGUUCAAGAUCACCAUCGUCGAGGCCAUCCGCACUCUGUGCUUGAAGUUCCCCAGCAAGCAGGCCGGCAUGCUCUCGUUCCUGAGUGGCAUCCUGCGCGACGAGGGCGGCUACGAAUUCAAGCGGAGCGUUGUGGAGAGCAUGUUUGAUCUGAUCAAGUUUGUUCCUGACAGCAAGGAGGACGCUCUCGCCCAUCUCUGCGAGUUCAUCGAGGACUGCGAGUUCACCAAAUUGUCCGUCCGGGUUCUCCAUCUCCUGGGUGUGGAAGGCCCGAAGACCUCCCACCCGACCAAGUAUAUCCGCUAUAUCUACAACCGGGUGGUGUUGGAGAAUGCCAUCGUCCGUGCCGCUGCCGUGACCGCCCUGGCCAAGUUUGGCGUCGGCCAGGAAGACCCCGAAGUGAAGUCGAGUGUCCACGUCCUGCUCAGCCGGUGCCUGGAUGAUACGGAUGAUGAGGUCCGCGACCGUGCUGCGCUCAACCUCCGCCUGAUGGCCGAAGAGGACGAGAUGGCGAACCGCUUCAUCAAGAAUGAUUCGAUGUUCUCCCUGUCGACGUUCGAGCAUCAGCUGGUGAUGUACGUGACCUCGGGCGAGAAGGAGAACUUUGCCACCGCAUUCGAUAUGGCAACGAUCCCCGUCGUCACCCAGGAGCAGGCUCUGGCCGAAGAGCGCACCAAGAAGCUCACGACCGCCACGCCCACGCUCAAGGCCCCGUCCACUGGGCCUCCCAAGAGCAAGGCCAACGGCGUGGCCGAGGCCGCCACCGCGGCGGCCACCCAGAAGUACGCCGAGCAGCUCAUGCAGAUCCCCGAGCUCAAGGAGUACGGCACCCUGCUCAAGUCUUCGGUCCCUGUGGAGCUCACCGAGAGCGAGACCGAAUACGUCGUCACGGCCGUCAAGCACAUCUUCAAGGAGCACAUCGUGGUGCAGUACGAUAUCAAGAACACUCUCCCCGACACCGUCUUAGAAGACGUGACCGUCGUCGCGUCGCCCGCCGAGGAAGAGGUCCUGGAGGAGGAGUUCAUCGUCCCCGCCCCCAAGCUGGCCACCAACGAGCCGGGCAUCGUAUACGUGACGUUCAAGAAGGUCGAUGGCGAGCACAGCGUUCCCGUCACCUCGAUCACGAAUCACCUCAAGUUCACCAGCAAGGAGAUCGACCCCACCACCGGGGAGGCCGAGGAUGAGGGCUACGAGGACGAGUACCAGGUGGAAGAUCUGGAGCUGACCGGAAGUGACUACGUGAUUCCCGCGUUCGCCGGCAGCUUCGACCACGUCUGGGAGCAGACCGGUGCGAACGGCGAGGAAAUCAGCGAGACCCUCCAGCUGAGCAACAUGAAGGGCAUUUCAGACGCCACCGAACAACUCAUCUCCACGCUCUCCCUGCAACCACUCGAAGGCACCGACGUCCCCCUCAGCAACAGCACGCACGCGCUCAAACUCUUCGGCAAGACAGUAACAGGCGGCCGCGUGACCGCUCUCAUCAAGAUGGCCUUCUCCAGCAAGACGGGCGUCACAACGAAGAUCACCGUCCGGGCCGAGGAAGAAGGUGUCGCCGCGGCUGUCAUCGCAUCUCUUACUUAGAAUUUCCAUUAAAGACGAAAAAAAAAAGAAGAAAACGAUGGAUUGGUGUGUGGCAUGGGGGUUGCGCGCGAGUCAAACUGUAAAUUGAUGUUAAUGGAGAACAUGUCUGUCUUGUCUUGUUAGGAGGCGCAUAACUAUUUUUUCUUUUUCUUUACUUUAUCCCCCCCUUUUUAUCUUUUUUUAUCUAUUUAUUUUAUUGUGUUCCUUUUUGUCGAGAUGAGUCCUGGUUAUAUCUAGGCGAUUGGACUUUGAAGUUUGAGUGGUUUGCCUUUGUCUUCGCAUUGUUGUUUUACUUUUUCAGCUAUAAAGAUUUCCAAUUUCAAUAUUAUUUUCUAUAAC